AUGGUUCACUUCGGUGCCGUAGUCUCCAUGUCAUCGACUACAGUGUCCUUCACUCAUGUGGUGAAAGCAUGCGAGCCUGUUUUUACUGCCCUACUCUCCAUACUCUUACUAAAACAGUAUAUGAAAAUCAAUAAAUAUUUAACACUGCUAAUAAUUGUUGCAGGAGUUAUAUGUGCAUCUGUGAAGGAGAUUCACUUUACGUGGUUGUCCUUCUGGUGUGCUACGAUCUCCAACUUAGGAUCCUCCAUGAGAUCUAUUUUUGCAAAAAAAAUGAUGACACAGAAAUCACUAAUUGGAGAAAACCUAAACGCUUCAAACAUCUAUGCCAUGAUUACCAUAUGCUCAGCUCUCAUGUCUCUACCUCUAGUCAUAGUCUUCGAGGGAAAGGCCUCCUACAACUUCAUCACGAACUACCAGAAUGCAACACUAAAUAAUCACACGUACAGGGAGAUAAUUACUAAAAUAUUUUUGAGUGGCAUUUGGUACUACCUCAAUAAUGAAGUUGCAUUUAUGUGUCUUGAGAAAGUAAAUCAAGUUACUCAUGCUGUGGCCAAUUCGAUUAAGAGAGUCGUCAUUAUCGUAUCUUCUAUUAUCAUUUUCCAAACACAGAUCACCUUGCUGGGUGCGCUCGGCUCUGCCGUCGCCAUCGUCGGC